AUGGCCCCCAGGGGACCCCGCCCCAUGUUCCUUCUGCCCCUCAUCCUGCUGGCCAUCGGGCUGGUUCUGGCCAUGGGGGAGACGCACUAUGAGAAGUUCUUAAGGCAGCAUGUCGAUUACCCAAAGAACAGUGCCCCAGACUCCAGGACCUACUGCAACCAGAUGAUGCAGCGCCGGGGCAUGACCUCAUCGGUCUGCAAGUUCACCAACACCUUUGUCCAUGCCAGUGCUGUCACCAUCAACACUGUCUGCGGCUCCGGGGGGACCUCAGCGAGUGGGGACCUGCGAAACAGCAAAGCCUCCUUCACCCUCACCACCUGCCGGCUGCAGGGGGGAUCACAGACACCGCCCUGCAACUACAAUGCAGAGACCAGCACCCAACGCAUCUUCAUCGCCUGUGAGGGGGGGCUCCCUGUGCACUAUGACAAAUCAAUAUAGCCUGGCCCCAUUGCACAGCAUGGUCAGU